UAUGUAUAUGUAACUAAAGUACAUAGAUGUAUUUUAUUAGGAAUAAGAAGAAAAUAAGAGAGAUGGAAAAGGAGAGGAAAAACCAUGUAGCUCACUGUCUGAUCUUACCUUAUCCAGCACAAGGACAUAUGAAUCCUAUGAUUCAAUUCUCAAAGCGUUUGAUAGAGAAAGGAGUAAAGGUUACAUUGAUAACUGUUUAUUCAUAUUGGAAGACUAUCAAAAACAAAAAUCUUUCUUCAAAUAUUGAAGUUGAGAGCAUCUCAGAUGGCUACGAUGACGGAGGGUAUGAAUCGGCAAAGAGCUUUGACGUUUACAUACAGACCUUCUGGAGAGUUGGAUCACAAACUCUAUGUGAGCUUCUUCAUAAGCUUUCUAGCUCAAAAACCCCACCAAAUUGCGUUAUCUUUGAUGCAUUUAUGCCUUGGGCUCUUGAUGUUGCCAAGAAUUUUGGGCUACUUGGUGUUCCAUUUUUCACUCAAUCUUGUUCUGUUAAUAGCAUAUACUUUCAUACUCAUCAGAAGUUGAUUGAAUUGCCAAUUUCACAAUCUGAGUAUUUGUUACCUGGAUUGCCAAAACUUGCUCAAGGGGAUUUGCCUUCUUUCUUGUAUAAAUAUGGAUCCUAUCCAAUUAUAUUUGACGUAGUUGUGAAUCAAUUUUCCAACAUUGGUAAAGCAGAUUGGAUUCUUGCAAACACAUUCUAUGAACUCGAACCAGAGGUGGUGGAUUGGUUGAGUAAGAUUUGGCCAUUAAAGACAAUCGGACCAUCAGUGCCAUCUUCGCAUUUGGAUAAAAGAAUCAAAGAUGACAAAGAAUAUGGUGUUAGCGUUUCAGAUCCAAAUACAGAAUCUAGCAUCAAAUGGCUGAACGAGAAACCAAAACGGUCUGUUGUGUACGUCUCAUUUGGGAGCAAUGCUCGUCUUAGUGAAGAGCAAAUAGAAGAACUAGCUUUGGGAUUAAACGAUAGUGAAAAAUAUUUCUUAUGGGUUGUUAGAGAAUCUGAACAAGUUAAGCUUCCAAAAGGGUUUGAAGAAACAUCGAAGAAUGGUUUAAUAGUGACAUGGUGUCCACAAUUAGAAGUGUUAACACAUGAAGCUGUGGCAUGUUUUGUGACACACUGUGGUUGGAACUCGACGUUGGAAGCUUUGAGCAUUGGUGUACCAUUGAUUGCAAUGCCGCUUUGGACCGAUCAAGCUACGAAUGCAAAGUUUAUUGCUGAUGUGUGGAAAAUGGGAGUUAGAGCUGUUGCUGAUGAGAAAGAGAUUGUUAGAAGUGAAACAAUUAAGAAUUGUAUAAAGGAAAUAAUUGAGACUGAAAAAGGAAAUGAAAUUAAGAAAAAUGCUUUGAAAUGGAAGAAUUUGGCUAAGAGUUCUGUUGAUGAGGGUGGAAGAUCUGAUAAGAAUAUAGAAGAAUUUGUGGCUGCUUUGACUCAAUAUUGAGAUGUACUAUAAAAGCUACUUCCUAAAUAAGCUGAUUUAAUGCACUAUCAGUGUAAAACUGUAACAGAUCACAACAAUCUAUAUGUGACUUUUAUAAUAGUUAUGAUAAAAGGCAAUCUGUUUUUUCGCGACCUCAAA